GGGGGGGGUUCAACGUUUUCAGGUAUCCCGCAUUUAAGUACCUUCCUGUCAUGACAUAAUUACUAUGGAAUCGACCGACGUAGUGUACCAACGCAGUGAUCCCUUACAUCUGACAAGGGACUUUCAUUUUGCCAAUCACUUCGGAUAAUCCGUUUAGCAGCUACCGUCAAUCUAAAAAAAAUCAGUUUGUCUUGGAUAUCGAGAGAACAUCGAUAAAUUUCCCGAGUACAAAGAUAACGGCGUGUAGAACAAAUAAUCGGCCAAUCGGCCGUUCACAUCGCCGCAUCUUCAGCAACAUCGCACCGAGGAGCCCAGUUUGAAGCGCGCGUCGGGUGUUAUUAUCGAGUUCGCCCACUAAAAGCCUAACGUUUUGACAUUUGACCGCUCGUCGCGCACGAAUCCAAGGUUGCGUUCGGAGUCUUCGAGGAGCGGAACGUGAAACCGAGUGAAAGGGUGAGGAGACGAAGUGAAGUGAGAGGGUGUUCUCGUGGAGUGCCAGAGUGAGCACGAUAGCACCUCUGGUGCCCUCGGCCGUGGGUCCCGAGGGGACGGACGCCAUGGCGGCCUCUUCAUCGUCGAGCGGCGAGCAGCAGUACUCACUCAGGUGGAACGACUUCCAUUCGAGUAUUCUGAGCACAUUCCGGAAUCUGAGGGACGAGGAAGACUUCAUCGAUGUCACGCUUGCCUGCGACGGUAAUACCUUCACCGCGCACAAGGUCGUUCUCUCGGCAUGCAGCCCGUACUUCCGGAAAUUGCUCAAGGCGAACCCAUGUCAACAUCCAAUUGUGAUUCUAAGGGACGUAGCGCCGUCCGACAUGGAGUCGAUAUUACGCUUUAUGUAUCAUGGCGAGGUGCACGUGGGUCAGGAGCGACUGCCUACCUUUUUGCAAACAGCGCAGAUGCUUCAGGUUCGAGGACUGGCGGAUGUCAACAGCGGCGCGGCGACCGCGAAAAUUCCGCCGCUACCGUCGUCGGCCGGCAACAACGGUAGCGCACCUGCGACACCUCGUAAUCCUUGGCAGGAUACUGGCAGAGAUCUCAAUGAAGACGGUAUGAGCCCCACGCCAAACAAAAGAGCCAGGAGCUACAGUCCGACAAUAGCGAACCACGUCGAACACAAGUCCGAUCUUCAAGAGUCCUUGCUAGGUCAGGCUCUCGAAGGUGGUCCUACAAUACACACAACACCCAGCAACAAUGUACAGGCACAAUCGACCGGUGACGACUCGAAUUCCAUAUCUGACAACGAGGAGGACGCGUCGAACAACGACAGCAUUCUGAACUCUGUAAAGACCGAGCCAAGUGAUAUUCUAAACGAUGCUAUGGAACACCACCGUAGUAACUUCCCUGCGGCACUGUUGAAUCUUCAAGGACUGAUACCUGGACCGUCCGGGAUUCACGCGGCAAAUCAGGAUUCGACCUACGUUCAACGACGAGGUUUGGAAUUGAUGCGAGUGCGCGCCACAGACCCUCGGCCAUGUCCGAAGUGCGGCAAAAUCUAUCGUUCCGCGCACACGUUGCGAACACAUCUGGAGGACAAGCACACUAUCUGUCCCGGUUAUCGUUGUGUUCUGUGCGGAACGGUAGCCAAAUCGAGGAAUUCUUUACAUUCGCACAUGUCGAGACAACACCGUGGAAUCAGCACAAAGGACCUUCCAGUAUUGCCUAUGCCUAGCCCGUUUGACCCUGAAUUGGCUUCCAGAUUAUUAGCGAAGGCUGGAGUUAAAAUCAGUCCCGCGGAAUUAAAAGCUCGCGCAAGUCCAACCGGGCCACGAAGAGGUGACAUAAGACUGGAAAUGCCUCGUGGAGGCGCUUCUUCCGAAGCCGGCAGCAGUGUAUGCGGCGGUGAUGAUCCGGAGGACCUAACUCUACCUCUCAGCCUCAGGUAUGGUUCGCCGACGCCUAACAACAAUACUGUUAUCACUAAGGUAAGCGGCAGCGGCAACAGCAAGAACACCACGACGACGGCGAUCGCUGCCAAGUCUCUCGACACGAUGCAUGGUAAUCGCGAGGCCAACAUGGCGCCGUUACAUCCGCCCGGUCAUUUCCCGGGUCACAAUACUGCUAGCGCGACUGGCUCCGCGAUCUUGGAUACCUAUCUGCAGUUUAUCGCGGAGAACUCGGGCAUGGGAUCAAUGACACUCAGUCCAGAGCAAGCGGCAGCGGCUGUUGCCCAUGCUGCCAAGAUGGCACAGAUUUCCGCUAUCGAUAAGCUCGGCGAACGUAUGUUGGAAGAUUAUCCAAUAAUCGGGAGAGACGAGGGUAGGGGAUCCGGGCUCGUUCAUGAGGACCGGCAGGAUAUGCUGCAAGGUAGGAACAGUGCACUAGCGGAAGGUGAGUCGUCAGGUGGAGAGGAAGAGGAGUUCAGCGAUAACGACGAGCCGGAAGUAGUAGUCAAGACCAAAUAGGUGGUACUGUGUGUUCUAAGCGAAACUACGUAAAAGAGGAAUCACUGGUGUCGCUCGUUCUUCGCGAUGCGCGAGAAUCGUCACGCGAACCGAAGAACAGAGAUACCGUCGCGCGGAGUCCAUCCAUUUGCGGACUCGAUCGAGAUUUAAGUUACUAUAUCUUGCUGUCGCGAACACGAUGUUACAGCGCGGGUGAUAAGUUUCCGAAAAGAACGACGAAUAUGGACAAGCUUGCUUGCCACGUCGAGCUAAGGAGCAUUAAGCCAUAUACACAUCUAUACAGGGUCUCCAGUGACUAAUGGGAUAAUCGAAAAGUGAUGAUUUUUUAGUUUAAAUAUACGAUGUCGUCUGCAGGAUACCGAUCGAAAUUGCGGGAAACAUUUCCAAAAAUAGGAGAAGAACUGCCAUAGCAACAACAAGUGAAGCGAUACAAGUAAAAAGUUAACUUGUAUUACGAAAACGAGAGGAUAUACCGUCUUAUUACAUUAUCCGCAGAUGUAUAAUUGGAUUGUUUACUGCGUGUGUUCUUUUAUUUUAGUUUUUAUUCUACCAUCACUUACGGGAGAUCCUGUAUGUAUAGUAUAUACACACACAUACACAUCCAGUCGAACACAUAACGCGUAAUGACACACGUACACGUCACAAAAAAAUUCCAUCCAUCUACCUCAAUACACACGAUAAGUGAUAGAGCAGGUCAAUAUAUGAAUCUCAGAAAACGAAGUAGAAGUACGCCGCAAAAGAGUAAUUUUUGAGCAUUGAGAGAUACCGUGCAAUGCAGCUUGCAGAAAUCAUGUCGCGACGAUGACGAUCGAUCGACAAAACUGUCUUGCUUCUUUAUUUGCGGAAAAUUUAAGCGGCUGACAAACGACGAAAGAGUAGCAUGGUGGGCAUCGUUCACGACUUUAUUGACACCAUAUAUUCACUAUAUUAUAUUUUAUUAUUAUUAUAUUAUUAUAUAUAUAAAUAUAUAUAUAUAUAUAUAAAUGUUGAGGAUAUGCAUUACUUAGAUUUAUAGAGUUUAGUAUAUGCACAUAGGGCCAAACGAAACAAAAACAUAAACAUGCGCCUUAGCAUUAUGUUCUAGGGAUGGAAUCAAGUGCGUUUGCUAAGAGAAUUCUAAAUUCUAAUUAGAUAAGUUUAACUGGAACAGACCGAAAAUUUCGGAUAACUCAUGAAAGUAUCCGAACAUUUAAUUCGUUAAAGCAAAUGUACGUAAACUUGUAAUCAUACAGGCGAUAUUAUAUAGACUAUUUUUGCUUUGCAUUUUUGCUUUGUAGUUCACAGAAAAAUUGUAUAGUAAACGGAAAAAUUGAGGUACGCGUCUUCAAACUCUUUUUUUAACUGAUUAAUACUUUUAUUUACAUUAAUACUUUUAUUUACAUUUUUAAAGAGUCUAUAUUUAUUUUAGUUUUAAUCCUCCUGUGCACAAUACCUGCCUGAUGGUAUGCACGCGUAACGAGAAAGUAGCUGCAAAUUGUGCAAUAUUUUAAUUGUAAUUAAUAAUAUAUGAUAUUUACCUGUGUCUGGCCUUUACAGCACGAUUCCGUGCUUGAUUGCAGUAAGUGCAUUUACAAGGGAAUGCAAAUGCGCGUAAAUUUAUGAGUUCCAUAAAAAGGUGCCUCUAUACAUUGAGUCGGUCGCGUCUCGCGGGCAUAUACUUUUAACUUGAUCCCAUCCCUAUGCCAUGCCGUACCUACGGAACACGACCGCACACGUGUACGAAAACGUAUACUGCGAGGAGGUACACGCAACACCUACCGACUGCGCGUAUCAACAUGCGAGACAGCACGCGUUUAAGUCUCGUUGAUCGCAGACGGCGAUUUGUUACUUAUAUCUCAUUUUUUUAGCAGCUGAAAAGAAACGAAAAAGAAACGGAGAAGUAAUCUACUGAAUGAAUGCCAUUUCGAUAUUUCCUUGGUCUUUCUUUUCGUCUCUUUUCUAUCUUUUUCUUUUUUUGGGGGGGAUUUUCCUUCAUACAAUCACCUAUCUUCGAUACGCGGAGAUAUAUCUUAGGGCUUGCCAUGACGUAGUACUUAAGUUUAGCACUCGAAUUGCUCCCGUUGACGCGACGGAUGUUAGGAGCAAACUCGGCCCUUUGCUCUUUCAUCCUCGCAGAUCGCAGCUGCGCGAAAGGUCGACUGAAAUCGAUCGUGCGUGCCGUGAUAGGGGGAGUUAAAUCGCGAUCUUGCGACAAGUAGACGCCGCUUCCGGGCGUAGACGUGUUCGGGCGCUCGGUUCCACUGCUUUCGAGUGUGACACGAGCUGGGUACUUCUUUACUACUUACUACGUACGUACGUUUACACGUGGGUGUGCGCACGCGUGCGCGUGUAUGCGAUGUCUUUAUAAACGGGGGUUCCUGAGGAGAACUUGCCGUUUUAGCGAGACAGUAGGAAAAUUAACAAUUGAAAAACUGGGCGGCGAAUUCGCGCGCGAUGCGGUAUUCGGCAUAGUUGUAAAAUGGUUCCUACUAAUAUACAUAAUAUGAGAUAAUUUCACCGGUAACAUACUUAUGGAUAUACACGUACAUGAUAAUAAUAGGUAUGUAAGAGUAUGUGUAUAGGAAAGAAAGAGAAAGAAGGAACUACAACAUAGCAGCAAUAUGUAGCAGCGUAUUAAACGCGAGUUAAACAAGAGGGAAGUUUUUUUCGUUUCCGGCCAGUGUGUGCGUUGUGGAGAAGAUGUGUCAGUAUAACUACAAUAAUUAGGAAUUUGAGUUUUGCAUACUUAUAGUUUGUAGGUUGUAUACAAUCUUCGGAAUGUAAUAACGAUUAAUUCUUAAGUGUAUUAUCGAGCACACGCGAACACACGUCCAGCGAUCGUUUUGCGAUGAAUCUUUAGGCGAGCAAUGCGUGUAAACGAUACGUCCGACGAAAACGUUAAACUGGAGAAGAUGAAGAAUUUAAGCUAAAGAAUCGAGGUUGGAUCAAAACGCUAAGAAAGUGUCCGGUGAAGGAUCAUGGGAGGAUCUGGGAGGACGCGAGGGGAAAUGACGUUUUCGACGAGUGACGUCGAAUCAAAUCAAACUGUUACAAGGAGAAUUCGUAAAGUCGCGGGGAAAAUGGACUGGCUGGAAAUUGAGAACAUAAAAAUAGCAGAGAGCGGACUUGAUAGACAAAAAGAUAGACAAAUAUCGAAGAAAGAGGAAAGAAAGGCCCGCCAAGUCUGACGACGAACAGCUACGUCGCGCCAGCCCCAUCUAAACGCCAAAAAAGGCAAAAGACUCUACUCGCAGAAAUUAUUAAUAUUAAUAACAUAAAUUAUAUUAUAUGACGAUUUUAAAAGUUAAGAGGUAUUUGGAGGAACAAGAUCACGACGUGUGAAAUUGAUUAACCACACGCCCACGUCGGAACGCAAAUACGUCACUUUUAAAUAACUUAACGACAUAACUGUAAACUUAAUAACUUUAAUGAUUUUACUUUUUCCUAGCGACAUAAGUCUCAGAAUUCGUAUUUGCUCCCUUGGACAAUUAUUCAAUCGGUAAUGCGUGAGUGAAGCGGAUUUCGCACUGAUUGCGCGUUCGAUGCGCUGAAUUUCGGGAUGUUUGAGCUGAACAUUGUAUACGAAUGCAACUGUGUAUACGAUUGUGACACUUGUAUACGACGUACGCGCGAAAAUCUAAAAAAUGAGUGCGCGAUAAAAUCGCGGGCAGGCGGGUAUUUAUUGCUCGCGCCAUGCUGUUCGACAUCCAUGGAGCUUUGUCCGUGAUUUUUUACUACGGACAUUGUUGUUAGCCGUGGUAAUCCCCUUUUUUUGACGCGUCUGCCUCUCGGACGCGUCCGCAAUUCGCGGUAUAUCAAGCCGCGGGGGCAGCAUCCCCGAACGGAGAUCGAAACGCGCAGCGAUUCCGCUCUAGAGAUGAGAAAAAAGAGAGAGAGAGAGAGAAAGAGAGAGAAAGGGAAAGUACAGGAGCGACAUCGAUCGAAAGGCAAAUCCAGGUCUAAUCGGUACAAAGAAACCACUUCUUGCCUUGAAGCUCUCUAUUAUUACGAAAAGAAGCAGGCCAUUGCGCGUGAGUCGCGCCGCGAGGAAAGAAAGAGACGCAAAUGAGAGAAGAGAGAAAUGUAAAACGAAGGAAUCUUCGCAGAGUACAAAUUUAUUCGCGGAAUUAAACCUUAAAGGGCAUUGUUACUGUAGAAAGUAAAAGCUACGAACCGAGGGGAAAAGCCGCGGACGUUCGUACUUUCCGUCUUGCGCUGAACACGCUGUAGAAGUCAAGUAAUGUGAUCACAGACAUGCACGUUAUAUAUAAUACAUAUUAUAUAUAAUAUACAUAUAUAAUACAUAUUAUAUGUAAUACAUAUAUUUACACGUACAGCACAAAAUAUGUAUUCACUAAGCAUUUUUGUACUAUGUACAUUAUUUCAUGUCAUUCUACGCGAAAGCGCGUCACGUUGAAUCACGGUUUAAAACACCGGAAACGCUGCAUAAACUUCUCAUGAUUUUUUGACCAUUGAAACGUUUUCAGCAUCACACGGCGAGUGCGAAUCUACGCGAUGAUUCUAAUGAGAGGCCGUCUGAGAAAGCUAACGAUUUAAGUGCCGCGAAAAUAUAGUAAUUAUGUAGAUCGCAAGAGAGACAAAGAAAGAGAGAGAGAGAGAGAGAGAGAGAGAGAGAGAGAGAGAGAGAAAGAGCGAGGAAGUGAAGAAACAAAAAUAGAACUCAAUCGUUCGUUUCGUGCCAUUACGAGACCACGUUAAAGUCGAUCAUGAACGCACGUUCCAACGCACAUCGUGCAAUGACCACGAGUCCUUCACUCGAUGUGCCGUUGCGAACAAGCGCGUCUGAGAUCGUCGAAACUGGCUAGAAUGACAAAAGUCGCGGCGAAUCUGACGCGCGCGAUGUUAUCGUCGACAAUUAAUGAUGAUCUCGUCGAUAAGUUUCGUUCAAUUUCCUCUUUUCACCUAAUGAUAAAACGGCGACUCGCGCAGGGUCCACUUGACAUACAUGUAACAUACAUACGCGACAUACGCAUACAGAAUUAACUUUUGCGCAUGUGAGAGACGCGUGUACACAUUAUGCAUAUUUUACAAUCCACAUAUGUACAUGUAGAAGAGCGGUUGGCGGGGUCGGAUCCGUUUAUACCUACGAAAAAAUCCGCCUUCCACUCUCCCCUCUCCCCAACCCUUCCACAUAGCAGAUAAUAGUUUCUUACGACAAUAUUUAUACAGUUAUAUACAGGAUAGUGUGUACAGAUGCUUAAUAUAUAUAUAUAUAUAUAUACAUAUAUAUAUAUGUGUGUGUGUGUGUAUAUAUAUAUAUAUAUAUAUAUUUUACAUAUUGCACAUGUAAAAUAUAUAUAUUUGCACGAAAGAGGUCCCGAAACCCGGUAUGACCCCGCCAUCCUCUACUAACCCUUUCGCCGGGUCAGUCCCCACGUUGUCAUAGUCCAUUGAUCAUAGUCCGCAAUAGUCAUCUCGAAUAAUACCACCAAUUACAGUAUUGCAAUAGCUUUUAGAGACAAUCGUGUGUGUAAACUGUAUAACGCUCCCGGCCGGCGCAAUUGACAUCUCGGCAAAAUCAUCACAAUCGUUACGCAAGAACACACGCUAAACACUCUCCGAUGCAUUUCACUGCGCACCAAACUGUUUGAGAUGCACGCGACAUUACGGAUUUCUCUUCACAGGAAGUUCUUCAUCCUUCAAGAGGGAUGCGGUGAAAUACAGCAGAAUUUUUGUGUCUGUCAUCUUCUCUUUCACUUAAGUAUCUGUUCUUUUUGUUUUGCCGCGAGAAAAAAUGUUCGAUAUUUCAAGCAGAAAACGAGAAAAGAGAUAUUGAUUGAAAAAUUAUGUGUAAUUUUAAAUGUCUAUCCUUUAAAUUAAAUCGCAUUAAAUCGAUAAUCCUCCUUAAGUGGCUUUGGAAACUUUCAGACAAUUGGCAACUAUUUCUGUUUUUUGUGUUGCUAGAAUGUAGUUUAUUGCGCUCGUUCAACUUUUCACGUGCUGCCUGUACCACUCACAGUCUUCAGUUCAUCAACUUCAGCCUCGAUUGGCAGACAUUCAUCAUUCUAUAUUCUCGUGUAAAAAUCCCAAAGAAGGUUCAGCAAAACCUUAUAAUAGUCACAGCUCACCAAAUCUCACGACUACUUUGUGUAGAUUACAACAAGAUUCACAAUAAUACACUUCAAUGACUGACCCAACAUCUCUUCAUCUCAGUAUAUCUCGUGAAACGUUCGAGCCAUUACUUUCGUCUCGAUUAUCAAGUUUCCAUCGUCAAAAAACGCGUGUGACCAGUUGCUCAAAGAGAUAUCGCAGAUGACGAGUUUAGCACUCGCUCUGGAAUAACUGACCGCGUUUUCCGACUUAUCGGAUUUCGAGGAGCGAGUGCCAGAGCCGAUACACACAUUCUCCAGAAUAAGUUUCUAAUUUAAGCUCCUCAUGGUACUCCGACGUUCGGUAUUUAAUUCAGCGGAUAUGCAAACAGCUGUGGCGCUUGCACGCAGUAACUCUUGAGGAUCGAUCGAAUUUCCAAAGCGGCGCCGUGUAAAAACCCUUCGCGACCGUCUGUCGCUGCCUGCAAGGGUGGCCCGUCGUUGCGGGGUUUUUCGUGUUACACGGCGGAAGAAGGAGUUAAGGCGCACGUUGUUAACUCACGGCGAAACGACGGUAACGAUAUCGGUAACGACCGGGGUCUCCGCUAUCGGCGAUAAUAACGCGAGCGAGUUGGAAGCUCGUAAAGGCCCCUCAAUCGGCCGAAUGUGUGCGUGCGCGCGCGCACGCCUCGCUUCCACGGUGAUUAUAAAGGCGGAUUAACGACGCCAUAAACGCGGUGAGCCUUUUACGAACUGUCUGGCCGCCGCUCGUUCGAAUCCGAACGAGAGCGAGCUGUUCGAGAUGCAAAUACGAACCCACCGCGAGGAUGGACGCGACUUUUUCGCAACUCGCCGACUUCUACCAGAGUAUCCAUCGAUUAUCGCUGCCGUGUCCGAAGAAACGCGAAAAACUAAUAGUCCCCUGGAAUUUGUUCGAGCGUAAUCCGAGUUAAGUCGCCUCGCGCGAGAAACGUGAGACGUAAAUUCGGGCUCAGCUCGCGAAGAAUCAGUCGGGCGAAUAGUGAGGAUGCGCGUGUGGCCGGGAGCGAACCGCUGUCUCAGGUACUUAAUAACCAACACGAUGUAAUAAUGCAUUAUGUAAAUGUAAUAACAAACUCAGGAAAUCUGAAGCAGCCAGGCCGUGAUACUAUACUUAUAGAGACUACUACUACUACUACUACUACUACUACUAUUACUGCGAGUGUGAUUCUUGCGUUAAUCUGGCGUGGGCAACCCGCGUCUCACCUGUUUUAAGCUGUUUAAUUUCGAUUGUUUAUUUUUUAUUUGUUACAAGAUUAUCCGGUCGAAAAUGACUAGGCACGCAUACAUCGUGCAUGUCGACGCGCGCGCAAAUUCAUUCGAUCGUUUUAUCUGUUUGACGAAUGUAUAAUUGAGUUGAGCGGUUUCGAUUAGAGAGUCGAAAACUAUGUUGUAUACAUAUGCAUGAUUAUAAUCUGUGCGUUAUGGUUUGUACAUUGUAAGCUGUAACGUCUGACUUGAUUGUAUAAAACCGCAAAAAUGUUUGAGUUGGUUUUUGUGCUUAUUUCCGAUCACAUUUCUUCAAUGGCAUUGCACAUUGUUAUUAUUUUUCUUUGUGUAAACUAUUAACGUUUCUCAUGCGGCUUAAUUUUAUAAUUCAAAGUUAAUUGUUUGAAAGAGCAUUAAUUAUUUUAUUUUCCGUUUUAAUCGUAAUGAAAGACGAGUUUUAGUAUCUAUUGAGUUAAGUAACUUUCCAAUAGCAUUCAGAUCCUUUUAAAUAAAGGAAAUUAUCACGUUUUAUUUUCGAUACAAUUAAAAAUCGUUACACAUGAUACGAAAAGGAUGAGAUAGAUUUUUGCGCGCGCACAUUUGCAGAGAGGAAAAACAGAAAGGGAAUAAUUGUGAAAUCACCACAGCUACCUCCAUAUUAUUGAAUAUCAGUCUUCUUCUCGCGCUAUACUCACGCUCAUACGCAUACCAUAUAUUACUUCAUGAAAAUUCGUGCGUCAGUCGCGAAUUAACUCUCUGUAAUAAAAUAUAUAUUAUAUACAUAUAUCAUGUAUACACGAUAUUUACACAUAGUCACACACGAGGUAAUGUAGCUUCCACAGAUUUAGGUUAAGGGAUUACCUCCUUGCACGGAACGCAGUCGAGCGAAUAUAAAUAAUGACGAAUGAACGGAUCAGUAAUUUAUAAGUUUCAACGAUCGAUUCGCGCGUGUUUUUCUAAAACAUUCUUCGCAAAAUUGCACGAUAAUUCUUGAUUACGAUGGAAUAUAAUUACUUUUAUAAUGACAAUUUCGACCCACUUUUAUACAGGACGAAUAAUUGAAAACUGAAAUAGCUAUACUAAAUUUGAAAAUAUGAAAAAAUAAGGAUGUGAUCUAAUGUAAUUUUAAGAGACAAAUAUGAUAGAAGCAGAGAAAAAUUUUCUUCUGAGGAUUAUUAUUUGUUAAGAGAAAUAAGUAAAUAAAAUUAUUUUUCCAUGGUUUUUCCAAGUAAGAGCUAUUCUAGUGUGCAACAUUUUUCCUAAUCACGCAAAAACGGUUAAGAGAAUAAUUUUGCAACUGCUCUAAUAGCUUAAAGUACAAUUUCCGAGACAGAAAUAAAUAUUCAAUAUAGUUAUAUUUAUAUCGGCAAUCUCAUACAGGUGACAGGUCCUAUUCUAAACAUGGGAAACAGGACACCAGGUAAUGAUAGGCAAUGAGAUUUCCGGCUAAGAGAAUGGGGCUAAGGAAGCUUCUGUCUUGCUGAUGUUCUCUUUGCUGUAAGGUGUACUCUCAAGGAUUAAUUGAGUCUGAAACAUUUGAUCAGGCGAGAAGCCUGCAAAGGUUAACAAUCCUCAAUAAUCCUCACGAGACACCUAUUGCUUGCUGAGACACCCAUUGCUUGGUAGGAUUAAUGAGCCUCUGACAAUGAGACAUUCGUCUUAAUGACCCAAUGAGACAUUUGUUAAAGUUUCUUUUUAACAAAUGUAUAAUCGAUAAUAAAGUUAAAUGUAUAUAUACAACUAUGAAUAUAAUUAGAUAACAUAAUUAAAACAUAUUUAAAUAUAAAUACUGUAGAUAGAUAUAGAUAGAUAUAGAUAAGAAGAUUGUAUUUACUUAUAUUUAAAGAUUUGUAAGAAAUUUAUAAGAUUUGUAAGAAAUGUAGUUAAAAAUAAAUUUAGGGAUUUAGAAUUUAGGAAUGAUCUAGUUGAGAGAUGGUACAGAUAGAGAAGAAAAUUCUACAUGAGAGUUCUAAAACAGAGAAUUUAUCUUAAAUAAGUUUAGAAAAAAGAAGAGAAAAUAUUGAAAAACACAAUGUUAUAGCAUCGCCAUGUAGAAAGAUUAGGUACAUCUCUUAGUGUCUCAUUAACGUGUCACAUCGAGUAUAUAUACAAUAUACAAAACAAGUCUCCAUCGGAAAUCACUAAAUAUCGAAAAUGCAUAUUCAGAUUUUUUGUAAGUUUUAUGAAUGCGAGAUAGAAUAAAAAGUAGAUCAGAAUCAAUAUUGCAGCCACACAAAAACAUAGUCUCGCCGUCAUAGCAAAAAUUAUCUACAGAUAUGAGUAAUUAGUUAAGAUAGAUAAAUAAGUAACAAACAUAUGCGAUAUCGCAUAUGUUUGUUAUUUAAUCAAUAUAAAGAAAAAAUUUCUAUCUAAACUGGUGAAAUGUAGCAAAAAAGUCUUUCUGUGGCGCCGAUCUAGGUUAAAGCCAGUCACACUUCUUAUAAAAACUAACUGUGGUAGGCAGAAAAGAUCAGCGAUGAAAGACAAACGACAAUACAAUUCUCACACCUAUCUGGACUUACUUGCUUUUUGAUAUUGAAAGAUAUUGUUAGAAUGCUGUUGCUGCCACAAACAGUCUUUUAGCAAAUACAAAAAGCAGUGAUAAAUUUUGACUAUGACAUUUAGAAUUCUACCUAAAGCAGCAAAAUAUUUUUUUGAGUGACAAAUAUCGAGAAAAUGAAGUGAAUGCAAGAAAUACGACAUAGAAAUCAUCGGGUAUAUUACGCGCGACAAGCUCCAAUAACGUACGAUUUUCUUAACAAUAGUAAUAUACUGCUGCUGCUAUGGCUAGUAUUUCUCGUUGUUAACGUACACAAUGACUGCACUUCAAACAUGCAUCUAGAUGCACACGCACUUAUUUCAGUUUUAGUUCAUCUUACCUAAGUUUGAUUUUAAACCAAUCAUGAGUAAGAUAAUUCCACCAAUAUUAAUGUGAAAAACAAGAGCUUAUCAUUUUAAGUGAAAAUGAUCAAAAAAUAAACUAAAAUGUCUUUUAUUUUAUACUGUUUACAAUUACAAACGAAAUCGAUAAUACACAUUUACGUUACCGUUUGCAUCGACUUCGUUUUCUCGUAUUUGCUUUAGUUUCUUAUGAAACUUUACCAGAAGAGGCUAAUAUUAUCUGAAAAAAUAAUUAUGAUUUAGGAAUUAAAAAUAUUAUGUACAAUUGGAAUUAGAGACAUUGUAUAUGAGUCUAUAUAUAAGUUAUGAUUGGACACGUUAUUUUUUCAAAAUUAUCCAUUAUUGUCAAUCAUUAUACGUAGUAACAAAAGAUUUGUUUUUUAUCGUUAAACUAGUGGACAUCUAUAGAAUUUGAAAAGAAACAGGUUGAGACUUGAUGAAAAAAGAGGAGAAGAGAACUAGUGCUAUACAGUGCAGUCAGUUCAGAAAACAAACUUAAUAGCUACCAUUAGUGUGUUACUAAAAAAAAAGUAACACUCUUAUUCAAAAAUCGUAGAAGUAACCCAAAAGAGUUACUUAAGGGCAGUUCUAUAUUAGUUGCAAAUCGCAAGAUCGUAAGAAAAUUUAUUAAUCAGAUUCGUAAAUUCGAUCGUUCUUCUUACGAUCAAAGAAGAAUUGACUAUGAUUGAUCAAGUUUAUUGCAAUCUUGAGACUUGCAACUAAUGUAGAACGAUUUUAAAAGAAGUAAUAACGGUAGUAACGCGUUACUUUUCGAUCCUGGCAUAAGCACACAUGUAAUCGUAUGUAAUCUACCUAAUUAUAAUGUGUGGCACUAAAAGUUUUUAAAAUUGUGCCAAUUGAUCCAUCUGAUAAUAACAUUUAAUAGAAACAUAUAAAUGCUAUUAUAUAUUAUUUCAGUGAAAAAACCAUGGAACAUGAAAAAUUCGUAAAUUAAAUAUCUUUAUUCCGAAAAAGUUCUUUCUGUCAUAUUUGUCUCUUAAAGUUACACAUAUUAUGUCGCUUCAUAUUUCUUUUUAUAUUCAAAUUUUAGAAGAAUUACUAAAGUAUUCUAUUUACUAUAGAUCAUUCUUUGUGGCCUAACAUCUAGCACUUGAUUUACCUUUAAAAUAUAUCAAUUGCGAUUUGCAAGCCGAUUUCAUCUUUUUUUGUCUUUUUGUCGUGCAUUUGUCGCUUGUGCAUUAUUGCAUUUCUCACAGCUAUCGCGAAUUCUAUAAACGCUGUUAUCAAACAAAUGAUCUCUUAUACAUUUAUUCGUGAUUGCCGCAGUUUCCAUCAUUUGUCAUCGCAAUUUCUAUCAACUGCUAAUGAUCAAUAUUACAUUGUGUUUUAUUCGUCCUGUGCACUGGCCGUAUAAUCUUUCGGUAUUAUAUACGUAAAAUCACAUCAGCGUUAAUUGGCAAUUAUUUCACGUUAGCUUCCUAGAGUUAAACGAGCAUUUCCAGUUAUGAGCAACACACGCGAAUAAUCAAAGUGCUGUUCCCAUUUUAGAAACGAUCGUUCCGCGAAUGCGAUCGGAAACUUUCGGCUCGGCACGCGGCUCCAAUCGCGCUUCACGAAAGGUGUAAAAACGAUCUACCUCAACCGCGCACGAUAGGUUCAUUACAAGAACGUCGGAUAUAUAUACACCCAUGUAUAUAUACCGUGUCAGGUGUGUAUCUCAGCUACGAGAUGCACGACGAUGCACUGCCAGGCACCAUCGCGCUCGACUGCUCCGUGAUCGACAGUGUUGAAUUCCAAAAUCACAAUGCAAUACCUUGUACUUACUAUUGUUUUUACGAGUCGUGACACCGGUUAGUGAUUUGUACCGUUGAAUCGACAUAUGAACGAAGAGAUCGCGUGAGUGUACAUGACGAGGAACGAGAGAGAGAGAGAGAGAGAGAGGGAGAGAGAGAGAGCGAAUGAAUGAACGAAUGUGUGUAAUUUAUUACGCGCUUCGGAACGAGAAGUCCCCUCAGUCGCUGGACAGAACGACGAAACAUGUACAUAAAAAAAGAGAAAAGAAAGAUGGAAAAAAAUAGAAUCACAAAAUCUAAUAGCCUUACGUGGAAAGAGAAACGGCUGUUAAAGGAAGGCAGAAGACAUGGAUUUUUAACACGAAUAGACAUUCGUUAAUAAUAACGAUGACGAGAAAUAUAAUUUCUCAUUAGAUACAAAUCAAUGCCGGAAGUUUGUUCUACGUAUCAGCGGCUGCAUAUGCAAAAUUAUGCUAACUGAGUUUCGUUUCACAGAGGAAGAGUAACAAGCUAUUGAAGAAAAGAAAAAAACGAUAGAAGAGAGAAGGAGAGACUUAAAAGGAUAUUUCCGCUUUUGAGUCCAUCGCCAUAAAAAAUAAAAAAACUGGUAAAACAAUUAAUAUUUUUUAUAUAUACACACAUACAAUCGAAUCUCGUCUAUUAAUUUUUCAUAGUCAUUUUCUUAUAUCAAUUAAAUGCCAUCGUCACAAGUAGUUGCAGGACAGAGAUAGGCAGACGAUUGAAGGGAGGGAAUAAAAGUAAGAAUGAGUGAGUACGUGUGCUUACUAUGCUAUAUUAGCAUAUUACAUGCUAUAUAUAUAUAUAUAUAUAUAUAUAUAUAUAUAUAUAUAUAUAUAUAUAUAUACAUACAUGUACACAUAUAUUAAUUAUACACAUAUUGGGGAAUGAGAAAGAAAAAGCGAAAAUAUAUCUAUAUACGUGAUAUUUUAUGGGCAACAUCAUCAGGGAUUUAUCAUAACCAUAAGCAUAUACGCAUAGUAUCUUUCUAGUGAUAAAGCGCCAUAAAUUCCUAACUUAUUUUGUAACGCGUGUCAGAUCUGACAACACGGUCGCGAAACCAAUGAGUGUGCAAUCUCGACGUACUCGACGUCGUUAGAACUUUGCGAAAACGAUCGAGCGAUACGUUUCAAGGAUCUGUUUGGUAAUAAGUGAGUCCGUACAACAUUAAACAUUAGAUCGCAAUCAGUUUUUUUGCGAAUUUAGCGAUUCCAUUGGCAUUUUCAGUGCGAUACAAACAAAUGUCUCAACUGAAACCGUUAGACUGUCGUUCGUGCAGCGAGUUCUUUGCCAAAUUUUAUUUUUAUAGUAGCGUCUGCAUUUCUUUCAUCUGUGAAUUUGGAAUCAUCUUUUCAACCACAACGAUCCAAACAGCCGGUAAGAUCAUCCGUAAAAUAUUAAUUAAAAACAUUAUCGAUCCGGUUUUUAUUGUUAUCGACAGUCCGCAUAAUUUGCGUGAAUCAUCCGCUGUUAUUUCGCUAGUUCCCGACGUAGUUUGCAUAUUGAUUGUACACAAAACAGAGUGCGUGCGAGCGCGUAGUGUGUGCGCAUGCAUGUGUGUGUGUGUGUGUGCGUGUGUGUGUGUGUGUGCGUGUGUGUAUGUGUGCACGCGUGUGCGAGAUGUGAGAUUGAGAAAGAAAGGAAGAACUAAAGAGAGUAUACAAAAAAUAAGGAAAGGCGGAUCAUUGUAAUUACUGCGAUCUCUUCGGAGUGCUCGUUCAAAAUGAACUCGACAUUCUCCAACAUUAGUUACUAUCGUUAAGGUGCUUCACUAUUGUUGAUGUUUUCUUCUUUUAUUAUUGCGGCUAUUUAAGAUUAAUAUUAUCAUUACUAUUAUUAUCUAUUUCGACACUCACUUAUCUUUUUUUUGCAUUUUUCUUUCUAUUUCUUUUCCUUUCUAUUUUAUUUUUUAUUUCUUCUAAUAGAGCAUAUAAGAAAGUGCGUCUGUCUCGUUGUUUGAGAAUAGCUAGGAAGAAAUCUAGGAGGUGUUAUUGACUCUCAGCGCGUACAUUCGCGAAGAUUUCCCGUGCGUCUUCUCCUUUUUUCUAGUUUUCUCAGUCGAUUUUGAUUUUUCUUCGCGGCGUUCUCACUCACCGAGACAGACGUGGUCAUUAGAUGAUUACGUUACUAUUAAUCAUUAGAUUACGUUAAACAUUGACGAAAAAUAAUUGACGUGAAACAGACGUGAACAUGCCAGUACAGCGUACAUCUUCGUUUUCCUUUCACUACGGAAUUCUGCUCUUUUCCCCUCCUUUUUGUCAUCCCUCCUUUUUGUAAAUAUCAUGCAAUCUAUUUAUCGACAGCCAAACGUUUCCUUCAUCCCGUUUUAUUCUCUUGAAUACGAAUAUUAAAAACGUUGAUUAAAAACCGUUGCUAAACAUGCGUUAGUCAGCUGCUUGCAUCAAUGCGUAAGAUCACAAUCGUAUAAUGUAGCUAUAAAUAAGUAUAAAAGUAAAAAAAGAAACAUUAAGUUAAGACGAGUCGCAAAUUGUAACAGCCCACAUACAACUAAGUAAUUAGGCAAUUAACGGAUAGAGACAAGAUGUAGAACAAACAUAAGCAAGAGUCAAUUUAACAAAAGCGAAUGUUUUACAGUGGACGACACAGUGGGAGCUAGUUCGGUAUCUACUAUUAGAGAGAAUAUAUAUAGUUACUGCAUUUCUGUAAGAGGGUGUAGAAGGGCAACAAGGAAUUGACAUAUUCACAAUCUAGGAAAAAAGCCGGACUUGUUUUCUCUCAAGGAUGCCUUACAUCUCCCUCAUCUUCGUUCUCCUCACAUUGUACUGCGAUAUUAUUAACGUACAUAACAUUAUUAUUUACGGUUAAUUGCGUUACUAUUUUCUUUAAUUGAUUUUAUUUUUUUGCUAUCCUUAGCAUGUAAGAAUAUUUCUUGCCAAGAUUUUAAUAAAUAUGUUUGGAAAGAAGAGGUUGGCAGAGAGUUGUGUGUUUACUUGAGUUCCGUGUGCUUCUUUCAUUUCCUUUCUAUUCGUGCACGUUCGUUUUGCCGGGAGACAUUCGCAAAUGACAAUUCUCCACGCGCGUCUUGUGUACGUCGAGAUCUGCAACUCACCGCAUCUAAUGUAAUCAGAGAUUCGCCGGCAUCAUCGGGAGAAGUCUCGACCAAAGUACAAAAUUUACCGUAAUUAGGAUUAUACGCCUAGGAAUGGGAGAGGCAGCGCAUACUCGCGCUAACAAAAGCGCGUACCACUUGAGAUUUGGUGUAUCGAGCGAUUUGAGGAAAUUUUUCGAGGAAAAGGGGUAAUUGUGAGGGUCGAACAUCAUCGGUGACGAACAGAGCGAAUCUCUAGCUCUUUCGGAGUCUGCCGGCUUUUAGAGAUACGAUUAAAUUUAAGCUUACUUCGAAGGUAAUCGGCGAACGAUGAACACUAUCUCGGCGUGUUUUCGUCGCCAUUAGAAAUUUAUCGAUGCUAGAGCGUCACGAGACGGAAAGGAUCGAAGGGCGAAUUGCUCGGCAAUUACCUCGACGCACAGGACACAACUGAUGUAUGCCGUAAGAUACUUCGUAUUUAAGGGAAAGAAGAGGUAUAAACAUGUAUUCGAACCCGUAGUUAUAGGUAGACACUUACGUAACGUUAUUGUUAAUCGCGUCCAAUAUAUGUAUUGAGUUAAUCGUGGAUUGAUCGACGUGAAUGAUAAACGAAAGUGGCGCGUGCAAAAGCAAGGUAUUCCCGUUUGGCGGAAAUCUUUCUCCGCUGUAUUAAAGUAAUUUAUUUCCAAAUCGCCUAAUUGUGACAAACAUUACCGGAAUGCACUCUAACGUUACACAAAGAGAUGUAGAAUUUCACUGAUGAACAAUUGCGCAACACAAAGACAUUUUCAGAUUCGAUGUUCCCUGCUUGUUGAUUGUCGUGUGAACCUCACGAUUCGCAUUUUUCCAAAUUCUCUGAUUAACAAAAAUCGCUAGAGGAUAUCUGUCGGACUCCUGUAACUUGACGCAAAUUCACCGCGAUGGCAAAACGACGCUCUGGAAAUCCGGGCAUUCGACGCGCGACGUGCCGCGAGAGAAAAGCUCGCCUUUAAUACGGAUGCGCGCGACGUUUCCAUCGAUUCGACGUCGCGUAUUUCACGUACAGCGCGAGCAAGCAUUUUCUUGGUGGAAACGAAUCUUCCUGAAUCGCAAUCGCGUGGACGGACAAAGCCUCGUACGAACGGCAGCGAUUUUUCCUACUGACAGAGAGGCCUGUACGCCUUCCCCUUUAUGCAAAGAGACGACUAUUAUUAAUUAAUUUUUUUCCCUAUUCUGAAAUAUAUAUAUAUAUAUAUAAAUGCCAUCACGAUCGAUGAAAUUUUGCGCUGCGUAUGCUCUGACAAUUUCUAAUUCACGUUCACGUCAACAGUGACAGGGAGAUUUUGUUAGUCACAGCUACGAAGCUUGUGAUUUAUUUUUAAUAACGGAAUAUUUCAUGCAAAACAAAUUUUUACUCGUCACGGUAUCGUAGUAAAUUCUCGUGACAGAUAUGUGAAAGGUUUAAACAUACCUUCCUUUUGCACACCGCUACUCUCGAUUUAGGAGCUCGUGUGUUGCGUUGCUCGGUGCCUUCUUGCGGCCUGUUUGUACGCAAACUGCACCAUACAUUCGUCCAAGCGUUUUACUCGCCGACAAAAGCACCGUUUCCGAUAAAUGAUACCUUAAAUUCGUAUUUAAUCUUUAUAAAUAUCGAAAAGACAAUAUUUUUAUUUUUAUUGAACGCACAUUAACUGCCUAUAUUGAUUGACAUCUACCUUUCAAAUACAACUCUCUAUAAAUGUACUCAUAACAAUAAUCGGGAAAUGUAAACAUAAUAACAAGAUUCGUCACGUUACCAACAACUAAUGAUUUUAUCUUCUCGCGUUAACUGUCCCUACAAUUUACAGUUUGUACUCGAUAUGAUAUAAUACUUUGUAACGUCUUUACUACUUCCAAGAUUUUACAAUUUUCUACAAAGGUGUAGCAGAUCGUAAAAAAAAAGUAUUCUAAUCUGAAUUUUCUCAGAUUCUAUUAUCCCACGAUAAUAGAUAAUAGAAACACUCCAGAGGAAUCCGAUAUUCAUAAAAUUGACGCGAAAUUAUUACGAGAAUUUGUAUAAGUGAAAAGAAAUUUACAAAUCCUUCCCUCCUCAACGCCAUAAUAGAUCGGACAGAAACGGCGCGUAAUUGAAUGUUUAAAUGAGCGGACGAACGCGAAGUACAUCAGGCGAUCACAGUUCCUAUUUUGCCCCCAUGCAUACAUUAAUAAAGGGCACUACGUAUGUAUACAUUGAUAUGAAUAAGUAAGAAGAAAAGUGGUAUAACUAUAUUUAGGUAUUAAGCGAGAGCCGACAAGUAUACAAUAAGUUUAGAUCACUAUAUCAUAUUGUAAACGGAGAUAGUAUACGUCAUAGUGAACCGUAUAUGUAUACACGUGUACUCUUUAUGAUGUGUAGACGCGUAAUUAGUGGCGAGAGGCGGAGUUCAUUUUUUAUAACGAUAAAACAUCGUGAGUACGACUGAUAUAAUUUCGAGAUUCUCGAUAAGAGCCGCUCUUUCGCAUGCAAGGCGCGCUUUCUAAACAUUAUCAUUCACGAUCGUUAUUUCUCGCGCAUCCACUUUUCGUGGAUCCAAACUUGUUUCUGCUCUUUCUUUUGUUGCCAUUGUUAUCUUUUAUGGGGUACAUUGUACCCGGCAGUAUAGUAUUCUAAGUAGAUAUUUGUAUAUAUACGGUUAUAUUGUAGAAAAAACAUGCUAAUUAAUAAAAUUCAUAGAACGUAA